CCGCCGCGGUACGUCGCAGCGAGCGGACGUCUUUCGCGUUGCGUCCCCAACCCGCGUCAUCACCUUCGUGUCGUGUUAUCGUGACUUAGAAAAUUUAAAUUACAAUUAUUCCGUGACUGUGCUUUGAUAUGUAUUAGAAUUGGUCUACUUAACGCGUUUUAACAAGUAAAUCGGGAGAAAUGAUGGGUGUAAGCAGUUGUAUGAGUGUGAGGCAGGCGAGAGGGGGCUGUCAUUGCCCCGCUUGUCCUAGGGGGUCGGGGCAUGGGGCUCAAAUGCCGCCCCAGACUCUAGUCCUGCCCCCCAUGGCUCUGGAGCCCGAGACAACCCCUGUUAAGGAUAAGAAGGGGUCCAAAAUGAAAGUGUUUAAAAAGAUUAAGAAAAAAAUGGGAUUAGUACCCCGUACGUCGUGCACCGGUGGCGCCCCCAACAAUCUUCCUCCGCUGAGCUUCCAUGCAGUCCAUGGAGAGAAUGUUCGGAUAUCUCGCGAUGGUUCUACGGCACGUCGUGUGGAGUCAUUCUGCAAGGGUGUGGCGUUCAGUGCUAGACCAGUUAGGGUUAACGAGAAAGUAUGCAUACGUUUCGUUGAGAUCUCAAACAGCUGGAGUGGUGUCAUUCGAUUCGGGUUUACCACACACGAUCCCACAACCCUCGCCCAUGCGUUACCGAAAUACGCUUGCCCAGAUCUCACCAACAAACCAGGCAACUGGGCUAAGGCUUUAGGCGAAAGAUUCUGUGAGAAAGAUAAUAUUUUAUAUUACUACGUUAACUCCGCUGGUGAUGUACACUUCGGGAUGAACGGAGAAGAUAAAGGUCUCUUCUUCUCAGGAGUUGAUACUAGAAGUCCUUUAUGGGCACUUGUUGAUGUAUACGGGAAUUGUACAGCAGUUCAAUUCGCUGACCCAAGAGUACCAACCCAAGUACGAAGAGCAACGCAAAGCCCUGUCACAGAAGAUGAAAGAUUAGUCGGUGAGAUGAGGUCUUUAUCUGUCGAAGAACAAUUACCACCACCAAGAUAUCAGAAUCCGUUAGUACCUCUCAGUUUGCACAGAACUAAAGGAAGGAACGUCCAGUUUACAAAUGACAGAGGUGUUGCUGCUAGAAUUGAAGCAGAAUUCUGCCAAGGAUAUGUGUUCACAGCACGACCGAUGCGACCAGGGCAGACUAUAGUUGUGCAAAUAUUGGCGACAGAAGCAGCGUAUUCUGGUAGCUUAGCUAUAGGGCUGACGUCCUGUGAUCCUGGUACUUUACGACCGACUGAUUUACCAUAUGACGCUGAACAAUUACUAGAUCGUCCUGAAUAUUGGGUUGUAAGGAAAGACGCGGCGAAUGGUUUAAGAAGAGGUGAUGAAUUGGCGGUAACUUUGACAGUAGAUGGAGAAGUGCGUGUCAGUAGGAAUGGAUCGAAUCCAGUGACUGUAAUGCAUGUUGACCAUACGUUAAGAUUGUGGGCGUUUGUUGAUAUUUAUGGGGCUACGCAGAAGAUUAGAAUGCUGAGUUCCCAAGUGGUACCAGCUCAGACCCCUCCGCAGCAGUUAAGGGUGUUAGCGGGUUCAGCUGCGCCGAUAGCAACUGGUUCUGGAGGGACAGUACUGGUAGUCAGUCUUCCGCCUCAAACUAAUGGACAGAAUUUAGCCAAUCAACAAGGAUUGACUCUAACCAGCGCUCAUUAUAUUGAGCCUAUCCAAACAUCAUCACAGCUGUGUCUAGCCAACUUCCAGCCCAUACCACCAUCAUGCUCCCAACCACAAUCCUACCAACAGCAAAGAGUUAGAACAGAAACUUGUUCAUCCACGAGCCAGAAUAACGUCAACGAACAAGUGCAGAUACCAAACGGACAUACAGAAUCUAUAAGAAUGGAAAGACUACCUGGACCUUCCACCAGCAGACAGAUCCCUUCACAUCAACCAAUCUACUCCGUUAUCGGUGAAGGUAAUCUUACAGGGACUGAAUGUACUAUAUGUUAUGAAAAUCCUAUCGACAGUGUACUAUAUAUGUGUGGGCAUAUGUGUAUGUGUUAUCGAUGUGCGGUACAACAAUGGAGGGGUAAAGGGGGAGGUCAAUGUCCAUUGUGUAGGGCACAGAUUAAAGAUGUAAUCCGCACUUAUAAGUCCUGAUGUGUUGGUUAAAUGUCGCACGUGCUUUGUCCAGUAUGACGUCAAAAGUCACUGACAAGUGACGUCACUUGUCACUUGUGCGUGCGCUCGUAAUUGUCCAAUAUUUUAUGCCAAAAAUAUGUUCGGUUGAUUUUGACUUUAAUAUAUUCCUUAUAGUAAUGUAAAUAAUUAUUGUAAGAACGUUUGUAUGUGGAAAUGUAAUUUUUUACAUACAAAUGUGGUAGAAUUGUAUGUAUGAAUGUAUGAAAGGAAUAUUAAUAUAUCUUUUUCCUUGACUUUUGAUGUGACAUUAUUUAUUUAAAUGACAUUUGAUUUGAAGAGGUUCUGUUGUAUUCUUAGAUUGCCAGUAAGAAGUUUUUUUUAUCUGUAAUACAUUUUUAAAUUUCAAUAAAUUGUCAAUAUUACCUCACAAAUAUUUAUAUAAUACUACAUUUAAAGUUUUUUAAUAGCUGUUAAGUGCCUUAGUGAUUUCUUAUACUAAAGGCUUGUUAAACAUCUAUUAUUGGACUCUGAGUGUGGUAUAAAAAGUCCAUAUAUAAAUACAUACCUCUUUGCAAUUGACCUUUGACAUGCAUAAUAUUAAAAAUGUAUAUAUUUAUGACUAUUAUCUAUGUAUGAAUUUGCGGUUUAGUAACGAGGCUGUAGUAUUUUUUCUAUUAAAAUGUUAUGGCAACACUUUAUGGACUGUCACAUGAGUUUUUAAUCUAUGUUUUUUAUUCUUUGUCAAAACGAUGACGUUUGAUAGGAAAAAAAUCUCUAAAAAUAAGCUUAGUAUCUCUUGAUGAUAAUUUUCUUUGAAAGAAAUUACGUAUUGCUACUAAGUUAGUAUAAAAUCGAAAUAAUCCAACUUGUAACUAUUAAAAAUCUGUUAAAUGUAUUGAAAAUCUGUUAAAACAAUAUUUUUUUAUGUGACACUUCAUUUAUUGUUGUUUAAAAAUGUUAUUAGUAGUUCUGCUAGGGUUUUAACUAUAGGGGGUUCCUAAACUUUAUGUACUAGGUCACACUGAGCCCUAAAUAUAUACUAGGUCACAACGGGAAUGAAGUUAAUAUCACUUUUAGACUUACAAGGAUCUAUGGCACUUUUGACAUUGACAGGCCUUUCUAGUUUUUAGAGUUACCAGUAAACAAAAUUUCCCCAUUUUAUAUUCUCUCAUGUUAAAAAAACUGUAUGCUUUUUUUUUCAAAAGUCAAUUAAAAGAAAAAAAUUCGUAUAAAAAGAUGAAGAGCGUAAAGAGAUACAAGUUUUUUUUCUGAACCGCCAUUUUGUUUUGAAUUGAUUUUUUAAAUGUACUUUUAUUCUGCAGUUUUACUUAAAAAUUGCUUUGAUAUUUUGUUAGGACAAAGAAAUACCGUUUUUAAGCUAAAAAGUUUGAAUCGCUAAUAAUUUAUUAAUGUUUGUAAAGUCUAAAUAUGACGUUAUCAAGACAUUUUUAGUUCACAAAGCCAACUGCUAUAAGAUCCUUGUAGGUUUGUAAUUCUAAGUUUGAGUUUCGUUAACGCCAAAAUGGCGGAAAUAGAAAAGUCACAAAAUCUGGUCCAGUGUAAUUUAGAGGUCAGUGUCUAGAACAUUUAUGUUGCAAACUACGUCCAAUAUAUUUCGAUUGAGUGAUAAAAUAAUAAUGCAUUUAAUAAUUUUAAAAAAAUAAUAAUUAUAUCUAAGUUUUUUUUAUCUGAAAACCUGGCAGUUCCUAUGAAUGGAUUUGAUGGAUUUUCCAAGGUUAUUUCCAUGCUAUUGUCCGUAAUAAUAAAGAGCUAAAGAGGGUAGAAUGAUAUUACGUAUCCAUUUACUAUAUUUUCAAUUUAUGGCCUCCCACUACUGGCUGAUAGAGACUCAGAUAGCUUAAAAACCUCACUGUCAAAUAAGGUAACAAAAUCAGAUAUUUCCAUCACUUGUUGGAUUGUUAUCAGAUAAUUUACAAUUUGGUGGGACAGGCCCUAAUACUUCUAACCAUACAAACUAACUUUUUUAAUGUAAUCCUUCAACUUUCAUCUUUGAUACUGUUCUUUUUUAUAAUUAUCCUGUUCUUUUAUUAUACGAUAGAUGUCGCUGAAAUAAACGAAUGCAAAAUAUAUACUAUACUGGUAACUCUUCUAGAAGAAUCUAGACCUAGUAGAAUGCAGAAAUUUAGCAUAAAUCGGCCCGUAGAAGAAUGCUACAGAGCCUGAAAUGGUAAUGCUAAAUUUCAUAUAAGAUAAACAUUUGGAAAACUUUCUUCUACCUUCUUUAAUUUCAGACGAAUUAAUUCUUCUUAAAAUACUUUUAUUUAACAGUUAUUUGUAAUAAUAGGAAUAAAUCUACUAAAUAUAUCUCAAAUAAAUCAUUUUUUAAUAUAUUAAGCCCUUGGAAUUUACAUUAAUAACAUUCUAUAUAAGAGCCCAGUGUUUCCCAACCUUUUUUUUAAAAUGAUAUAAUAAAAAAAUUAUUACUCGAAUAAAAUGUAUGUUGCAUAGAGCAUUUAUGUUGCUAAGGAUUUCUUUGGUAUUAUAUUAUUUUUCUAAAUAGACUUUUGAUGGAUGUUUUAUUUAAAUUUUGAAGAGAUCUGUGCUAUUGUAAUAUGUAUGAUUUUUAACCGAUUUGUAAUUAAAAUAUAUAAAUAUUUUUUUUUAAAUCUUAACCUCAAAGGUAAAAGGUUGGGAACCACUGCAAUUUAGCUUUAAAUUUCGCUAAUAUAUUGUUUACGAUAUAGUUGCUCAAAUUCGUCUCUUUCUUAAAAUUGCAUAUCAUUUUAUCCCAUAAUAAACAUAUCUGUAUAGAUUUUAACCAUUCCUGUUUUUAGAUGUGUUUACCAAGUUUCUGAACCAAACGUAUGCAGCCAGUUUAAAACUUUUAUAAGUAAUUUAUAUACGUAGAUAUAUAAUCUAUGGGGAGUGUCACAAUGACGUUUGUCAUUCUGUAUUGUAUAUGACAACACUGAAGGUAUUUGCCCCAAUAAAACGGCCUGUCACAAAUUUACUCCAAAUGUAAUAUAGAUUAUAUAUCUAUGGCAUUAAAAUAAGUUUAAGGGAUUUGUUUCGAAGCAUUAUCGCUAAGUUAUAGAAUAUCUUGUAUGUAAUGACUUAUUUAUUUCAAUUAUUAAUUUUAAGGUACAGAUUAAAAAUUACUCUUUUAUACCAAAACAGUGUGACCAGUCUGAAUUAAAUACUAGAUCUGACAUUGUAACCAAUUUUUUUUUUGACUUGUAACUGUAAUGCGUUUUAAUUUUAAUGUAGACAAAAGUGCUGUUUGAUAGGGCGUGACCGCUUAGGGCGACUGACGUUUCACGUAUGGGUUUGUUGGUGUUAACUGACAGUAGAAACCUCGCCCAAAGCGUCAAUAAAACGGCUCUGAGAAAACUAUUAGACAUUUUAAAUUUAGUUUCUGUACUGUCAUAAAUAUCUCGCCUUUGAGAGUAAUAUCAUGCAAUUAUUUUAAAUUAACAUUAAUAUUGUUAAAUAAAGUCUUUUCAAUGUUUUUUUGUCUAAAAAUCUUUGUCAUUCUGUAUUUUUUCUGUCACUUUUGUUUUUAAACAAAGUCUACAUUUGAACGCGACGAAAUAUGAUUGUGAUAUCACUUCAUUUGUUUUGAUUUUUUUUUAAAUAAUUGUAAUUAUUAUUUUGUGUCCGGUCAUAAUAGAUCGCACGUCUAGUCGUUAGUAAUUUAUUAUUAUUUUUUGUUUACUGAUAAAAAGUUCAUUCUUUGGAUAAUGACGUUUGGAGGUUAGGUUAAGUUUUCAAUUAAAAAUGAUUAUCGAACAAA